AUGCCAGGUGGGUUGCUGUCAUAACUGUCACUCGCCGCCUCUUCCUACUACUUUAUCGCCGAGAAUGUAUCUACAUUCCUUCCUGUGGUCCGCUUCCUCCAUCGUACCUAUAUCAUCCGCUCAAUAACCAACGGUCAUGCCUUCAGACCUGUUGCGCUGUUCACUGUGAACCGGUCGCCGCAUGCAGCUUCUCGUGAGCAUUCUUUGAGUCUGACUCGGCCGAGAAUGCUGGAGACCCAAGGCCGUUGUCCCGAUUGCACCCACGACUCAACACCACGCCGAGGCCCUCGGACUUCUGCGCCUGAGCGGUCCACUGUCGAAAUGCUUGCGACUCAUACCACCGACGACGCCAAACACCUAUCCUGUCCUCCUCUUGUGUACGAUACUGAGCUCUGGGACAAGGACGUGCUACAGCUUGGCGAAGGAGAGACGGAGGAUGAGCUAGACGAGCUUCAUGCGCUGCAAGCAAGAGAAGCGGGGAUCGAAGCGGAUGUGCAGGACGAGACUUGUUCUGACACUCAAGAGAUCUCAGCCAUCCUAUCGUCCUUGGGCGUCUCCAGUCCGCACCCAAGCUCCAUCUCACUGCACUCAUCGCUAUCCACGAACAUCACAAACCGAUCGCGAAGUUCGCGCGACACGCAGACUGAUGCGUCGUCUCUGUCCGCACCAAGAUCAACCUCUCGACUAUCGAAAAGUAAGCUUUCCACUUCGAGUCACAGUAGCUAUGAUUCUGUCAUCGACAACAUCCGGCCACGGCUGCCAUCGAGGUCAGCUUCGGCAGCAUCCAGUGCGCCGACAUUCUCCUUCGCAUUCGGGUCAAAGACCAAAAGACCCAAGUCGCUGAAUAUAAGAAGCGGAUCUUUGUCGUUUUUCCGGAAAGGCCAAAGUCAAUGCUACUCCUGCACUUGCCACGGCUACGACACAGGAUCGACACCACAAAAGCUACACAGAUCAAUCCGAUAUCCUGUAGCGACGUCCUUGUCAUCGGACGGUCAUGCUCCACUGCAGGGACUGAAAUGCGGGCAUCGCCUGACCAACUUCGCCAUACGGAUGCAUAUCAGGGAAGCUCUCGAGAUGGAUCAGAAGAUCCCUCCGAGCUGCUGUGGCGUACCUAUCCCUGCAUCUGUACUGACCAGAGUGAUGAGCGAGGCCGAACUCGACAGUCUAGAGCGCGAAUUAGCUAUCUCCUAUGGCGUUGAUCGUAAAGAUAGUAUGAGUGAAGUCAAUGUUGCUGCGAUAUCGCGCCGAACGACACCGACGCCGUUAGAACUAAACGUGGCUAUACCACCGUAUGGCCCUUUGUUGAGUCCAAUACAAUUAGACAUUGGUGUUGCGACACAGAAUCCUGUUUAUCUCUCAUCCCCUACGCAUCCCUUACCUACAUCACCACGACGGCGAUCGAUCUCGAAUUCGCGAUCUAGUGCCAAUGAUGCCGAUCGAGAAGAUACGGCGACUCAGGAUCAAGCAUUCGCAUCGCUCCGGAACCAGCAACGAGAACAAUACUCGAGGGCUCGUGACUUUGAAUUCCGACAACGACGCGUUAUUGAGGUUCACUACGACCGUCUUCGGUCAGACUAUUGGGCACUCCAUCAACAAGAGAGGAAGGACAUUGAGGCCGAGCACAGACAUGCCAUCGAGACCUUGGAGGAGAUGCAAAUGGACCGUGAAGUCGAGCUCCGCUUGCUGCAAGACGAGGAGCGUCAAAAUGUCGCCACUGCUCUAAAGUACAUGGAAGCAUAUUGCGGCGUGGUCGCGCGCGGUGCCCUACCACCAAGUGAACCAGCCGGCUUGCGGCGGACAGUCACAGACCAAGACCGAUUGAAGCUCCAACAGCAGUACAUCCUCCGCGACGGGCUGGAGAAGAAGCAUGAAGCUGCAGUCAACGUCCUGCGCGCGAAACAGGAGCGAGCAGUGCAGAACAGGCAAAAGAAGCAACAUGAGGAGCUGUCGGCAAAUGACCGCAGUUUCGAAGCCGAGCUGACUUAUUUGACAAGUCUUCAAGCCAAGGACCUUGAGAGAGUGGAACAGCUUGCCGCAUCACGGAGGAGACGGCUUGAUAGACGAUGGUACAUCAAAUUCGAGCUAUGGAGGAAGGAGAAAGGAGAGCAGCAGCGGGAUUUUUCAUGGUCAUCGUCCACGAUGCAGAUCCGGUACCAGUGGCCGGAUCCUUUGGGAAGUGCGGGCGAGCUGAAGUCGGACGCAGGGAGAGGUCUGGACGUGCUGUCUCGGACGUAUAGGUUGAAGCCGUCGGCUAAUUGGAAGGUUUACUGAAGAGUUGGAUAUACCCCCCCCCUCCCCCUUUAGAGUUUUCAGGAGCUACGAAGUCAGGCCUCGUGAGCGCUUUUUGUCUGUCUGUUUUGCAAUGCAAUCUCGUAGUCUGCGACUAGUAGUGCCUCAUGCUAUGGUCUAUGUAGUGCACUUUAUUAUACCCAUCGAAAGAGAAGAUAUGUUUCUUUUCUCUCCCUCUAGGCUUGCGCGACAUAUCAUCCUC